AGCGGAGUUUGUGGUUAGGAGCGCGCGCCAAGUAAGACUCUACCCGGCACCCAAAUGAAUCCAGAUGAAGAAAAUUUUGAUGAUGACAAUGUCGAUGAUGACAUUGAUGAUAUUCCACCAGCACCGGGUGUCGGACGCGGACGCGGACGCGCUCCACGUAGACGUGCUUUACCCCGCCGCGUUGUUCGGAAUCGAUGGUUGGAGGGUAUGCCCAAGUCUCGAACCGUAGACGGUGUGGAAGAGGAGUACGACUCCUACGACGACGAUGAUGACCACGAGGACGAGGAAAUAGCCGAUAUUGCACUUUUAGCUCCUCAAAAUGAAUUGUUGAUUGACCGGCAUGGUAGACCCAUCAUCAUGCCAUAUACCGCCACAGAUUUGCAACCCCAAAAUCCGGCGAAUAAGGCAAUCAAUAAUGCAUUGAAAUCCAAAUUCCAGGCUCCAUAUCUCAACUGGACGGAGGUCAGGGCAGAUGAGCGUGGAUAUCAACAAUUUUGGAAUGGCUUCAGGUCGCAAGUAACUUGGCUGAAUCACCACACAGCGGCUAUUGAGCGUAUAUUCAACAAAAAAGCCACCAAGCGUCUGUCGACCUUACUUUUUGAAGCGCGGAAAAAGAUUAAAAAGGAUCCUUCAAAACCACCACUUUGGCUCGUUGGCAAUUCAUACCCUAUGCUCUGCCGCAGAUGGGAAGAGGAAGAGUAUAUUGCAAAGUGUAUAAAGAACAAAGCCAACAGAAAUACUGAUGAAGCCAAUCGUGCGUGCGUACACUCUGGAGGGUCUAAAUCUGCCGGAACGCUUCGUCUUGAGUUCAUCCAACAAUUUGGUCGUCCACCCACCUUUAUGGAGAUGAAUGACAUGAUGCACCGGUAUGCAGAUUCCGGUGAGUGGACGGGGGCAAGGGCGCAAGAAGUGUCGAGGUUGACGCAAAUUUGGGUUGAAGAAUAUAAUGCAAGCCAACUACGACUACCACCUCAUAGGCGAGAUAAUGAGGAUGUUCGUCGAAACAAGAUGUCGUUGGCUUUUGUUAAGAAUGCUGGUGGUGCGACUCGAGGUCGCAAAUUCGCUGCUGGGUGUACAUCUUCUCUAUAUGCAAGUGACCCAACUGGUUUGAGAGAUGUCACUUACACAUCUUCAUCUUCAUCGAGUACAGGACGCUCUCGUCCAACUCAAAGAGAGGAAACCGAUGAUGAGUAUGAAGCGCGAAUGAGGGCCACGUAUAGAGAAGAAUUCCGCGAUGAGUUCGAAGCAUCAUUUGAUGACCGGGUGGACGUACGGGUCCAACAUAUAUUGCAGGAAUUCUUUGCACAGCAGAGGGCGCCGGCGCCGGCGGGGGGGGGGGGGUUGGAUCAUCAUCUCAGGCUUCGGCACGACAAAAUCAAAAUGCCGGUGAACAAGAAUAUCGACCGGAUUUGAGU